AUGCCGCGCCAUGGCAGUACCGCCAAAAGUGAAUUCCAGUCAACAAGUAGCAUUAUGGAAAGUACAAAUAUAAUUUAUAAAACAAUGCGCACCACCCCACGACCACUCGUUGAACAUCAAGAUUCAGAUGAAAAAGCUAAAAAUGCCCCGCCUGAUAGUCUUAAAUCACAGACAUACUCUCAUAUCCCUCUUCCAUUGAAAGCAGAUCUAUUAAAGUCGUCGUCGUUUAUUAAAAGUGCACGUUCAUCAAUUAGCAGGCCAGUUUCUUCAACUGCAAGCCGUAUUAGUUUUUGUUCAGAAAACAAACACACAUUGGAAAUUCAGUUUAUCAACAAAAAUAAAAUGUUUAUGCAAAUGAAACGGGAAUUAGAGGAAAAACUAAAGCCUGCUGUGGACUUACAUAAAACUUUGGUGCAACUUAAGAGAAAAUUGAAAGAAUUAGGAAAGCUUGUUACAUUCGAAGAUAUAAAGUGGGACCCUAUGAACGAAUAUCAGAAAACCUUAGGAAGAAGUGAAGGUGAUGGAAGUUCACCUAAUGAACUACUGCAAGACUUGAAAGACUCCCUAAAACAAAUAUCAAAAACUAUGAUAGAUGUUUGUAAGAGUUUACUUAGCAGAAGAGCAAUGAUUGUAGAAGUUUUAGAGAAAGUAGCUAAUUCUGAAUUAAAUCUCUCUGACGUAACAUCAAAAAUAGAUUUAGUGAAAAAUGAAAGUCAACAAUUGGAAAAUUCCUUACAGAGCAUUAUGAAAGACCAACAAAAUAAAAUUAAUGAAUUAGUUAGUAAAUGGGAAACCCUUCUAAGUUCAAACAGAAUAAAUGUAAAAUCUGAAGAAUUAGAAUUACAACCUCAAGAACAUGAAACACUAAUGCGAGAAUCUAAACAUGUAAUUCAUAAUUUACAACAAAAACUAGAGAAUCGUAAAGUGGUUUACAAUAAGUCAUUAGCCGAAAUGAAUAAUAACAUUCGCAAUUUAAGAGAUCAAAUUCAACAACUUGAACAUGAUUUGGAAUGUGAACGUAAAUCCACUAAAGAAAUUAAGACCAGAAAUUCGAACAAUUCCAAAGUUACAAAAACUAUGAAAGACAAAAUUAUUGAAUUAGAAAAUUACAAAGCUACUGCAGAGGUUGCCAAAGUCGAGUUCGAACGGAAAAACAAAAUUUUAAAUGAACAACUGAAAAAUAAAGAGGCCCAAUGGAACAAAGAAAAAGAAGAAAUGACUAAGGCCUUAAAUAAGCACGCUUGCGAUUUUUCUAAAAUUACGAGUGAAAAAGCUGACUAUAAAACAAACUUAAAGGUUAUAGAAGCUCAAAAAAUUGACACUGAAAGAGAAUUACACGGCAAAAUUGAAUACUUGGAAAGUCAGGUAGAAACGUUUUGCAAAGAAAGUAAAGAAAAUGCUAAACAGAGAGACGAAGCUCGAGAAAAAUGUGCAGCAUUUGAAACUUUCAUUGCCAGAAUGGGACUUAAUAACAAAGAAACUAUGCAAAAAGUUUGUGAUAGCUUGAAAGAGGGCAACAAUGAACAAGCUGAGUCUUUGAGAGAAGAAAUGGCCAAAGAUGUAGAAAUGAGAGAGCUAAAAGACAAAAUGUCAAUUUUGGAAAGAGAAAGAUUUAUUUUAUUAGAAGAAAAGAAAAAUUUAGAAAAUACUAUACAUUCGACUGACAUAGGCAGAGAAAUUGCAAAACAACAAAAAUGCCUUAAUAAAUAUAAAUUUUUGUUAGAAGAGAGUGAAAAUAAGUUCAUGCAGAAAUGCAAUGAAGUCUCACAUCUACAAUCUCAGAUGAAACACCUCAAAGUGAGACAAGAAGCUCUGGAAGAACAAAAUUCAAAAUGUCCAACUGAGGAAUUGCAAAGGAUAGUUGAAGAAGGCCGGUAUAAACUUGAAGGAUUAAUGAAAAAAACUGUCGAAAAUGAACGAACAUUGGAAGAAUAUAUUAUUGUGCUUGAGAAAAAAGACCAUCAGAUAAACAACUUGGAAAAUUUAUUGCGAUAUCGUGACAAUGUGUCUAACAUUUUGAAAGGUGUUAGAGACACAGUAAUGUACGAUAAAAUGAGUUUGACAAAGUAUGCUACCGAACUGAGACAAAAUUUAUCAUACACGGUUGAAGAAAGCAAGAUGAAAGAAAUUCUGAUUAUAGAUUUGACAAAUAAAAUCGAAUUACGAGAGAAACAAUUAGAGAAACUGGAAGAAGAAAUUGAGGAUCUUAAAGCCAAUAUUGUAUUGGGCAAUGAUAAACGAUUUAUACUACAAAAAACAAUCGGGGAAAUGGAAAAGGAAUUACAAGAUGCUCGAGCUCGUGCUAAUCAGUUCGUUGACAACAAUUUUAGAAGUGAACGUAAAAAAUGUAAACCAUUUUAA